AUGGAUUCCGGCAAGAGUAGGAAUUUGGAGACUACAGUUAAGAGAGUCUACCGUGAUCUGCUUAUACCAAAGAUAAAUACCAGCAAGAAAAUGUCCACCUUUUCACCCAAUGGCCUGGAAGUGCCACCAGAAAUUAAGAAAAGCUGUGGAGAAAAACAAGCAGAAAGCACGGCUGAGAGAGUAAAACUCACAAAGAAUAUCAAGGAAAAACAGAGCAAUGAGUUAGAGAAAAUGGCCCCUAAACGAAAGUCAGAAGGGGAAGAAAAGACAAUUGGAAAGAAAGAGGCCAAGAUAAUGGAACUGGACAAUCAGCUAGUCACCACGACGCCUCUGCCUCACAUCCCCUUAAAGAACAUAAUGGAUGUGGAAAUGAAGCUAGUCUACGUUGAUGAAGAGGAUGUAAGCUAUGAGUUUGCCCAGACGUACACAUGCACUGGGAUUCAGGCAACCGGCCAAACUUCUGCCAUGAUGACACCUGCAAGUACAAGGGAUCUCACCACCCUGCCACAGAUUGACAAAUGGCUUCAGGUAGCCUUAAAGGAUGCCAGCUCUUGCUAUAGACAGAAGAAAUAUGCCGUGGCAGCAGGGCAGUUCAGAACAGCACUUGAGCUUUGCAGCAAAGGGGCAGCUCUCGGGAAGCCCUUUGAAGCACAUGCAGAAGAUAUAGCAAGCGUGGCAAGUUUCAUUGAGACAAAGCUCGUCACAUGCUACCUACGUAUGAGGAAGCCGGACCUUGCCCUGAACCACGCACACAGGAGUAUCAUUUUAAACCCAGCCUAUUUCCGAAACCAUCUUCGUCAGGCAGCUGUGUUUAGAUGUCUGGAGAGAUACUCAGAAGCUGCCCGGAGUGCCAUGAUUGCGGACUACAUGUUCUGGCUCUGCGGAGGAAGUGAACACAGCGUAAGCAAGCUCAUCAAACUGUAUUGGCAGGCCAUGAUUGAAGAAGCCAUCACAAGGGCCGAGGCUUUCUCAGUCAUGUACACGCCCUUCGCCACGAAAAUAAGGGCUAGUAAGAUAGAAAAGGUGAAAGAGGUAUUCAUGAAAACUCACCCUGCUUACGUGGAGUAUAUCUACACAGAUACCCAAGGACUUCAUGUAUUGCCUCAGACCGCCGACUGGUCCUGUUUCCCUCCCCAACAAUAUCUGUUGACACUUGGGUUCAAAAACAAAGAUGACGGGAAAUUCUUGGAAAAGGUGUCAAGUAGGAAGCUGCCCACCUUCACAGACCAUAAAACUCCCUUCUCUCUGCUGACCAGAGAAGAUACCGUGAGACACAUGGAGAUGGUGGGGAAGCGAAUCCUGCCCAUCCUGGACUUCAUCCGAAGCACACAAUUGAAUGGGAACUUCCAUGCGUGCUCAGGUGUGAUGGAAAAGCUGCACUACGCCAACCUCCUCAGCCAGCUUCAGAGAGUGAAGGAGCAGGCCCAGGUGAUCAAUCAAGCAAUGGCAGAGCUGGCAACCGUCCCUUAUCUCCAGGACAUCAGUCAACAGGAGGCAGAAUUGCUGCAGUCACUAAUGGCAGACGCCAUGGACACCCUUGAAGGAAGAAAGAGUGAUAAAGAACGUGUGUGGAAUACAAUCCAAAAGGUUGGACGAAUUGAAGACUUUCUGUACCAACUAGAAGACAAUUUCCUGAAAACUAAAAAACUGAGAACUGCUCGAAGGCAGAAAACAAAAAUGAAGAGGCUUCAAACUGUACAGCAAAACUAG